AUGGAUCAUCAAUUCAAGGUGCCGAAGGUGCCCAAGAUUCCGAAGAUUCCGGUCGUUGUUCCGGUGUGGCGCCCGAGUAAGGAGUUAGAGAGAGAAAGGAGGAAACAAGACAAGAAGCACGAGAAAAAACUGAUCUUUGGCAGUCCCAUCUACGCACCCAUCGAAAUACGAUGGCUGCAUUCUAACCUCAGUCUCAUCGACGAGCUGAUCGAGACGAUCCAGGACGAAGACUUCAGGAAGAUUCGUUACGCGGCAGAUCUUAAUAUCAUCGCCGCUUAUCGUCAGUACAAUUUCAAGGCAUCGACAGAUGCAGACAUCAAGCCACUCAAUCAGAGGAAUGAGUAUGCUGACCACAAGUUUGUCAAAAUAUUGGGCGGAUAUCUUGUUUCUCUGUUCUCUGAGCUGCCCAAAGGAACAUUAAGUGAGUUCACCAAGAUAAGCUACAAAAAAAAACUUGGUCGAGUCCCUACGUACGAAGAACUCUCGGACAAGGCUGUGAUGAACCUGGUCAACUCGUUGCGAAGAAUGCUUGCGGAAUACGAAAUGCACGCCUCGAAUUUAGACCCAUGCAUGCGCGACGAAGAGGGCAUGGCGUGCAAAGAGCUCAAGGAAAUGGAAUUGUUGAGAAUGAUGAUGCGCAUCAUUCUCGAUGCAUUUGAAUCGAUCUACCAGCGAAUUCAAGUUAUUCAGUUCAAAAUGAAUAAAGAAUUGUCAAAGGCUAUUGAUGAACAAAAUCGGCGAAAAACUAACUACUUGAUCGCGAACAAGACGAUUGAGGAUAUCAGAGAUUCGUUGCCGAGCACCAAGAUCUUCAACGAUUACAAUCACAUGUACAAUCUGAUGCCGAGAGUUCAUCUUAUUCGAGCAUACUGGAUCCUGCAAGAUUACACAGAUGUCAUCUUGCACACACAGCAUAUGGCGGCCAUGGAGUGGGAAACUUUCUACUGGAAAGGCGACAAAAAGUUUCAUGAUGAAUGCUUUGCGUACAACAUUGAAUCGUUGAUGAACAUGCAGCUCGAGGCGUACAGACUUCUCGACGACGACAACGGCAAAGUGAUCGAAAACCAUCUCUACAAUCGCGAGCCAACGUACGGCCUUGACGGGAACUUGACAAGUUUCGAUCGAACGGCGAGAGCGCUCAAAAAAAAAAUUGACGAACAGAUGAAUCCACCUUGGGGAGACGCAGCCUUCAACGCGCCUGAUCGAGUUCUCGAGCUUGGGGACUGGUCUCAGUUGGAGAAGGCAACGGACACGGCGCUCAAGACCUUCCCGAUCAGUUUGGUCGAUUUCGGAAAUGAAAAAGACUUCCAGGCGAUCACAUACAAGCUCCUAGAGGCUCAGACAGACGCUAUUCGAAAGGAAAACAUUGAGAUCUUCGAGCGGGAGAUCAAGAAGCGAGGCCACGAAUGGUUCCACGAUAGAGUGACCAACAGGGACGAGUACAAAACGACCCUGCCGGCACUUUUUCUGAACGAUCAGCAUGACAUGUUGAACCUUCUGAAAUACAUUGAUGACAAGGAAGAGGAAAGCAAUCCCUUCAAAUUAACCGACAUGUACACGAAGAUGGACGAGCGACGCCGCCUCUGGGACGAUCUUCCUGAACAGUGGCAUCUCCUCAGGACCGAACUUCGGAGUCUAGUCAGUUUGCGGAACGGCCUGAUCAAACUUCCUCUUGGAGCAAAGACAGCCAAAAAGUUCAAAUUCAGACUCGACACGAUUUGCGCCAAUGUUUUGAUGGAGAAAGCAAAGAUGCUUCGAAUGAUGAAGGAUGACGAAGGUUGUGAUUCUUGCAUCGAUUUGGCGACAGAUAUUCUCGAAGAAGUUCACAACUUGAAGAAUAAGCACUUGAAAAGGCGGCUCAACUUGCUGAACAUCAUCACGCUCGAGAAUCAUCAGCUCAUCAUUUCGCUAUUGGAGAAGAACAACAUUGAGAGAUCGCACAUGUACGAAUUGUACAGCGAGUUAGUCGAUGAACGUGAGCCGUACCGAUUGCUGAUCGGUUCGCCCGAAGGAACCAGGUGGUUUCGAGCAAGUGCUGCGAGCAAGAUCGCCUUUUUGCUUGGAAAUAUUGCGCUGAAAGACAACUCAGAGUUGUUCAACGAUAAGGGAUUGUUCUUUGGCCUGGAGAAUACGCAGCUCAGUCUCGACUACAAGACAACUGAAGAGGCUAGAGGCUGGUUCAAACGAGCGUGUAGGACUGCGGAGCUCUGCCGACCUGGAGAUAAUUUUCAAAAGAGAAAGUGCUACUAUGCGAUGGCCGAGCUGAACGAUGAGUUUUUUCGACAGCACUCGACGUUUUUCUUCCAGAAAAACACCGCAGAGCAGACGCAAGCUGAUCUGGAUGCAUCUGUCCUAUCCCCACCGGGAUCAGUCACCCAAGGAAGCCAGCUUACUGCUCGUAGUGAGAAUAGAGAACUGGUCGAUUGCGCUCUCAACGCGAUUGAGAAGUACGGUCAAGCAAUUGUUGCUGGUCACCGUUUGGACAGAAUGUGUCUCUUUAAAAUCAUCGAGUUAGUCUUCCAUGUUGCCGAUGCCCUUGGCGAGCCUGGAGUCAUGCAGCAAUCUGUUCACGAUAAGAGCAGGAUGAUUUUCGCUCGUUUUGAAAAGACGAUGAACAUAAUUCCUCCAGAGCAGAUUCUGACGAUCAUCACUCAGAUUCUUGGUCGAUUGAGCCACCGAUGCAAAGACUUCGUCACUGUGUGCUUCAAGAUCACCCUGAAGAUGACGAAGGUUUUCCCUUAUCAAAUGACCUGGUACUUCCUGAACUUCUCGCAACACGCGAAGGAAUAUGAAGACAUCCGAAAGAAGGAUGAGAGAGAGCUUUACAGAGAGUAUCAAAAUAACAUUGAUUUGUGGGAAAGAAAGGGGAAAAGAGGAGCGAAACCAGUCCAGACUGCAUGGAGCGAAAUGGAAUCGAAAAAUUUGCGAUCAGCUGUUGUUCGUGGGAGAAAAAUCUACAUGACAUUAGUAAAGAGAUUAAUAUCUGUUGAUGAAGAGUACAAGCGAAUCUUCAGGCAUUACUCUGCCGCGUGGACCCUAAUCAACGAGAUCAUCAACCAUAACUUUACAUCGUCUGGCAGGCCAAGUCUCCGUUCAAUGAAAGAUAAGGUGAACCUCGCAUCUGCUUCUGUUAAACUGCUCGAGAAAAAAUUGCCGGAAGACUUCAAGGUUCUCAUCCCGACAAAGGAGUUUAUGCGACCAAAGCAGCGUAACACGCGGCUUCUAGCAGACUUUGAUGUAAAUUUCUCGCCGUUUCAAACCACGAGCUCAUCUCGAUCAAAGCAAGGGAAGAAACAACCGGAAGAGGAUAUCGAGCAAACUGGCGAAGAGUUCUGCGCGAUGCACAAUCUCGAUCAUGGAGCUGACGACGACGAAGAAUACGAAGAAAAUCCCGAUGAUCCAGAACUUGCUACUGUAAUAGAUUUCGACGAUUAUGGAGAGUUUCCAGUGUCUCCAGAGGAACAUCAUGAACCAGAGGAAGACAUGGACGGUGAUCCGAGUACGUAUGACCCGCCCAUCGACACUGAGAAAGACACCUGGAAGAAACCCUGGCAUCCCAACCUGGUUUUCAUCACUUCUUUUCUGGACGAAAUACUCCAGUUGUCUUCCCAGCAAAAACCAAAGCGACUCGUCUUAUUGGGCACAGAUGGUAGGGAGCACAGCUUCUUGUUGAAGAGAGGCGACGAUCUAAACUUGGACUCGAGAAUCGGAGAGACUUUCGAGCUAUUCGACUAUCUUCUCCGACACGAUGAAGAGUCCCGUGAUGCAGACAUGUCUAUUCGAUCGUACAACGCCUUCAAAAAGUGCUUGCAAGCUUAUUACGAGCGCCGGGGCUACACAACAUCCCAACUUUUUUGGUCACCGCCUGAGUUUUCCGGCGAUGGCACUGAUCGAAUGAAGUCCUUCGAAGAAAUCAAGAAGAAAGCUGGACCACCAGUUUUCCACGAAUGGUUCCUCGAAAGCUUCCCGACUGCUGGGGAAUGGUACCAAGCCAGGGAGACGUAUCAAAGAUCACUGGCAGUUACAUCGAUUAUUGGCUCUAUCAUCGGCUUAGGAGAUCGCCACUGCGACAACCUUCAAAUAUGUCAGCGAACGGGAGAAGUCGUCCAUAUCGACUUGAACAUGAUCUUCUUGAAGGGAAGAAAUCUCAAGGUGCCUGAGAUCGUGCCUUUCCGAAUGACAAGGAACAUUGUCGACGGACUCGGUCCUGUUGGCGUCCAAGGUCUUUUCCGCAAAACAGCUUUACUAACAAUCCGGAUCGCGAAAGACAAGGGAAAGCUGUUGCGUACAGUAUUCUCGCUUGUUCUCCGAGAUCCCACCUGUAAAUGGGAAAAGAUCAGAAGCAAGAAAAAUGUGCUCAUAACCAGCAGCGGAAAGGACAGGUCACAAGAGUCGCCAAUCGUUCUCAUGAAAGAGAAGAACAUGAUGAGAGAGGAUCGACAAGCCGCUGAAGACCUGACUGAUCUUCUCAAAAGAGUCUAUUGCUACGAUCCGGAGACAAAGAAGAUCCUGCCUCCCAGCGACUACCUCGAUUUGCUUGUCCAAACUGCCAGCGCGGACGAAAACCUCUUCAAAAUGUACCGAGGUUGGGCGCCACACAUGUAA